UGAAAGGGUGAAAUGUUUUUUUUUUCUCCAAGACAAAGUUGUACAGAUUGAAUCACACCCAUCUAUGCUUUACAUUUUUUAAUCCAUCAUGAACACAUAGAUGUUCUUUGGGUUUUCUUUUUUUUUUUUCUUAAAAAAAUUCAGCACUGCCUUAUGACUCCCUGGGUACAAAUAAUACAAUUUUAAAUACAAACCAAAGUAACAAGGAUACCACAAUGGAAUAUUCAGGAAAUGGGGACACCAUGGAUGAAGCAGAUAUACAUAAUAUUACUGGCAACAUGGGCAACGGCAGUGUGUGCUCUAGAGAGAAUCGAGUUAAUCAAGUCCUUUUUCCUGUACUCUAUACAAUCUUGUUCAUUGCUGGAAUAAUCAUGAAUGGCUUGGCAAUGAUAUUAUUUUUCCAAAUUCCAAGUAAAUCCAAUUUCAUUAUUUUCCUGAAAAAUUCAGUUAUUUCUGACACUUUAAUGAUUAUGACAUUUCCAUUUAAAAUUCUAAGUGAUUCAAGACUUGGACUUUGGCCACUUAAAGGUUUUGUUUGUCAAGUUACGUCGGUGAUAUUCUAUUAUACAAUGUACAUCAGUAUUAUAUUUCUUGGACUAAUAACCAUUGACCGUUAUCUGAAAACAGUCAGACCAUUUAAAAAGUCUCACUCAACAAACCUGCGAUCAUCAAAGAUUUUAUCAGUCAUUAUAUGGGUCGUUAUGUUCUCACUUUCAUUGCCCAAUAUGAUUCUGACCAAUAAGACACAAACACCAAAAAGCGUGAAGAAAUGUGCUAUACUUAAAUCUAAUUUUGGCUUGGUUUGGCAUGAAAUUGUAAACUACAUAUGUCAAUUCAUCUUCUGGAUUAUAUUUUCCAUCAUUAUUAUUUGUUAUAUACUCAUAACACGAACCCUUUACCAGUCAUACAAACGAACUAGGAAAGAAAGCUCAGGAUCUCGAAAAAAGGUGAACAUGAAAGUAUUUAUUAUUAUUGCAGUUUUUUUCAUUUGUUUUGCUCCCUUUCACUUUGCCCGGAUUCCAUAUACACUAAGUCAAACAAGAGAUGCUUUUAAAUGCUCUGCAAAAACGACUCUCUUUUAUCUUAAGGAGAGCACAUUGUGGAUGGCAUCUUUAAAUGCAUGUCUGGAUCCAUUCAUUUACUUUUUUCUCUGUAGAGCAUUUAGAAAUUCACUCGUAAACAUGUGGAGAAAAAGGAGAGCAUGUAUAUCUUCUUACACAAGACCGCGGAUUCGGAAGAGGUACAACAUAAGAUGCCAGGAAACCAAUAUUUAGCUUGCAUCUAUGCUACACCUUUGCUCUUAUUAGUAUUCCAGUAUUACAAAUUAUUAAUCAACAUAAUCAACAGUGGUGUCUUCAUCAGACUUUUUCAGGACAAUCUUAUUUUGAAUGUAUUCUUUCCGAUCUAAGUAACAGUCUGCACCAUUAAAUAUUAUUGCAUUUUA